GUUCAAGCCAACUGGUAAAGGGUUGCCCAGCUCGCGCGUUCUGAUUGGCGGAGAGGUAGGACGGGGGCUCUCGGGGACUCGGUCCGGUACCGCUCCGGCUUCUGCUCUCCGGGCGGGCGGAGGCAGGAUUCUCGGGAGCCAUGCUGUCAGAAGUUCUGCUGCUGUCCGCUCCAGGGAAAGUCAUCCUUCACGGAGAACAUGCCGUGGUCCACGGCAAGGUAGCACUGGCUGUGGCCUUGAACUUGAGAACAUUCCUCCGGCUUCAGCCCCACAGCAAUGGGAAAGUGUGCCUCAACUUACCAAACAUUGGCGUCAAGCGGGCCUGGGAUGUGGCCAGGCUUCAGCUGCAGGAUACGAGCUUUCUGGAGCAAGGGAACGCCGCAGCACCCACCCCAGAGCAAGUGGAGAAGCUGAAGGAGGUGGCGGGCUUCCCCGAGGACGGCGCCAACCCCGAGUGCCUGGCUGUGCUGGCCUUCCUCUACUUGUACCUGUCCAUCUGCCGGAAGCAGAGGGCCCUGCCCAGCCUGGACAUCACGGUGUGGUCACAGCUACCCACGGGGGCCGGCCUGGGCUCCAGCGCCGCCUACUCUGUGUGUAUGGCCACCGCUCUCCUGACUGCGUGCGAGGAGAUCCCAAACCCACGGAAGGACGGGGAGUCCGCCAGCAGGUGGACCGGGGAGGAUUUGGAGUUAAUUAACAAGUGGGCCUUCCAGGGAGAGAGAAUGAUUCAUGGGAACCCCUCCGGAGUGGACAAUGCUGUCAGCACCUGGGGAGGAGUGGUCCGAUUCCAGCAAGGCAAGAUCUCCUCCCUAAAGAGGCCACCGGCUCUGAGGAUCCUGCUGACCAACACUAAAGUCCCUCGCAGCACCAAGGCUCUCGUGGCCAGCGUCCAGAGCAGGCUGCUUAAGUUCCCUGAGAUCGUGUCACCCCUGCUGACCUCCAUCAACGCGAUUUCGCUGGAGUGCGAGCGGAUGCUGGGGGAGAUGGAGGCGGCGCCGGCCCCCGAGCACUACCUUGUGCUGGAAGAGCUCAUCGACAUGAACCAGCACCAUCUGAAUGCCCUCGGCGUGGGCCAUGCCUCGCUGGACCAGCUCUGCCAGGUGACCAUGGCCCAUGGACUGCACAGCAAGCUCACUGGUGCAGGCGGUGGUGGCUGUGGCAUCACACUCCUCAGGCCAGAUCUGGAGCAGCCGGAGGUGGAGGCCACGAAGCAGGCUCUGACUGACUGCGGGUUUGACUGCUGGGAAACCAGCAUCGGGGCCCCCGGCAUCUCCGUCCACUCGGCCGCCUCCCUGGAUGCCCCCGUGCGGCAAGCCCUGGAUGGUCUCUGAGAGGAGCCCGUGCCGCUGCAGCCCCAAGAAGCCCCUUCCUGGAGUAUUCUGGGUGCCGGAGUCGGCUUCUGUGCUGACCAGCGGGCCCCCAGCCCCUGUGCACCAGCCUUCCUAGUGGCCGCACCCCUCCGUCCCAGCGGUGCCACCUGGAACCUGCAGUGGGCUGGGGUCCCCGGAAGACCCGGUCUGUGCCCUGCCUUCUCUUGAGCCACCCAGGAAGUGGAGCCAUGUGGGGUCCUCUGAGAUGUGAGGGGCUUCCUUCCUGUCCUCCCUGAAGCUCCCACGUACCCAUCUGCUUUGGGCCUCUGCCGCCUUCUCAAACCCUCUGCCCACUUGGCUGGACGCUCAGGUGCAGUGUGCCUUCUCCCUCCCUCUGCCUCUGCCUUUCCACCUGUCUCUCAGGGCUCGGCCCCUCCCGCCUCCUCCAGGAAGCCUUCCCUGACUCCUGGCAGGAUGACCCUUGUUCCACCUUCCACCCUGCACGCCCCGUGUGUUUGAACCAGUCAGCAUUUGGCGUGCUCUGCUCUUCUCUCCAGCUAGAUUAUGGACUCCCCAGGGGUUGUCUGGGUGGUAGUCUUUACCUUCUGCCCUCCCAUCCAAGGGUUGGCUGAAGGCAUGGUCCAUGUACCCAGUUUCUUCCAGUCUGUACCCACAGGACUUGCAGAAAAGAUGGCAGAGGGGAAAUAAAAAGCUCGUGAGUAAACCAGGGCUUCCCUCGGAGCCCAGAAAGAAG